GCCUCCUCUGGGGCUGUUCCUCUCAGAGAGGGGAAUGUGGCUGGUCAAAGGAACAGGGAUUACUUCCUUUCACUUUUUUCUCCCACCCCCAUGUCAGGCGCAGGUGAGAAGCUGAGACCAGGCUGUCCAGAGCUCUCUUUUCACUCAUAACAGUCCUGAAUCCCAUGACCUCCCCUUUGCCCAACUCUGGUCUUGGUUACACUAAGGCAGAGUUCUGUCAUCUGUCCCUACCAUCCCCCACUGGACUGUAUCUUUCAGAAACCCCAGGCAGCCUUGCCUCCUGACCUAACUCCUGGAGAUGCUGGUGUUCCUGGGAGGAAUUUCCCUUACAUCAUAGUAUUAGAAGCCCCUGGAGCAGGAGGUAGAGGGAGGAAUUGAAAGGAGGAAAAACUUGAAAUUCACACCUACAAGAUGUGACUUGUAGUCUCCUAUUGUUUUCUUGUGGAAAAGCCAUAUUCCUAAUUUAGACAUAGGAGAUCACAACUGUGUUCCUGAUGCAGUUCCAUCUGGGGGCCUCACUGGCUCUGUCAUCAGCCCUCAUACCCUCUUGAUUACAGGAGUCACAAACCUGAGACACACAGCUCCUGUCUACCUCCUGCUGGGGGUCAGCUCUCGAGCCUGUGUGUCAGUUCCUGGGUUGGCUGUGUGAGUUCUGUGGACAAGGGGAAAGUGCUCUCAGUGUGUUUCCUGUGGUGGGUUCACACGCAGCUAGACACAGCCAGCUUGAGUCUUGGAGCUCAUGGAGGGGAGCUUCUGGAAAGGCAGGCUCUUCAGGACCUCUUGGGAACCAGGUAGGAGGAGUCUGGGAAUACUAGUGAACCUAGACCUAUAGCCCCGGCCAGAGGGGCUAGGAUGAGAGACCCAUGGGUGGGGUACUGGGAGAUGCAGCCUACCUUGGGGCUGGUGGCUGGGAGAGUGGGGAGCCUGGGAAAGGCCAGGAUGUUGAGCGGCUGGUAUGGCUUUGAGCCUGAAAUGGUGAAAAUGAUCCAACUUGGGGUCCCCAGUGCCCAGGAAAAUUGUCCCGUUGAAUAUCAGUGUGAAGGUGGAGGAGGAAGCCUGUUCACAUGGAAAUAAAGACCUGGGUCUGAAGAGGGGAGGUGGACACCAAAGUCCUGACCCUUGGCUGGGACAGAAUUGAUCCGUGAGAGACUCUCAAUCUAGUUCACGCCCUAGGUGACCCUGGGGUGGCGUGGAGGUAGAUUAGAGGUCCCAGUCUGGUAUCAUCUGGAGAGGUAGGGGUCCCGGGAGCUGAAGGUUUCUGAAAACACUCACUUUUAAGGAAUUCUGUUUAAAAAGUGAAAGUGAAAUAGAGGAUGGGGGCAGUACUUUCCCAGAAGGAUUGCUCAGGAUCCUGCCCUUCCCAGAAGCAGCUAUGUGGCUGGAGAGGGUGACUGGAGAAGAGGACGUUGUCACAGACAGAGAGCCAAGCUUAGCAGCUCCUGACGCAUGCAUCAUGACCAUGAGACAGAAGUGGAUACCAGUCCCCAGUCCUUUGUGGGUCCUGCUCCUGUGUGCCCACAUCAUCACUCUCCUGGACAGAGCCACAUCUGUCUCACAGACCACCACAACUGCCACUGCCUCAGCUAGAAGCACAAAGGACCCCUGCUCCUUCCAGCCCCCAGUGUUCCCAGCAGCAAAGCAGUGUCCAGCAUUGGAGGUGACCUGGCCAGAGGUGGAACUGCCACUGAAUGGAACGCUGACCUUGUCCUGUACUGCCUGCAGCCGCUUCCCCCACUUCAGCAUCCUCUACUGGCUGGGCAAUGGUUCCUUCAUUGAGCACCUUCCAGACCUGUGGGAGGGCAGCACCAGUUGGGAACGUGGGAGCACAGGUACACAGCUGAGCAGGACCUUGGUGCUGGAGCAGCUGACCCCUGCCCUGCACGUCACCAACUUCUCCUGUGUGCUCGUGGACCCCGAACAGGUUGUCCAGCGUCACAUCGUUCUGGCCCAGCUCUGGGCUGGGCUGAGGACAACCUUGUCCCCCACCCAAGAAGCCCUGCCCUCCAGCCACAGCACAGGGCCAGCAGCAGCACGACCUUGACCAGAGCCUGGGUCCUACCUACCUACCUACCUACAGUCCUUGACUGCCUGCAGGCUGUACGGGCAAGCAGCACACCCUCUUCUCCUGUGCUUUGGUUUCUUUCUCUCACCAAAUUCAAACUCCAUUCCCAUCUACUUAGGAAAUCACAACUUCCCUAUAAUGCCCCUCCUCUUGCCAUUCUCUCCACCCUUCCUAAUGUCCUGCUCCUCACAGUGCUUUACUGCUCAGAAACCACUGAAACCAAGACUGUUGAUGCCUUAGCCUUGCACGCCAGGGCCCUGCCUACAUUUCCCAUGGGACUUUCCAGAGGCUUUUCCCAGACAGCUCCCACUCCCAUGCCUCUGCUCAUUUGGUCCCACCUUCCUCACCACUCCAACAGGGGAACUCUCAAGCCUGGUUGAAACACCGCCUCUUCAGUGAAGUCUCCCGCUUUCAGCUCUGGCUAUUCUGCAGACUUCAGUCUUCAUGCUGUAUUUGGUUAUCUUCCCCCCUUCACUCUAAUGGACUGUUCCAGGGAAGGGAUGGGGACAGCGGCUGCUUCAGAUCCACACUGUAUCUCUGUUAUCCCCACAUGGGUCCUCAUAAAGGAUUAUUCAAUGGAGG